GCAGUAGACCACACCACAUCGCUGCGGCCUGGCGACCACCUGACGAAGACAAAGAGAGGGAGAGGACCGCUGCGGCGGCGGAUGGCGGUGUUUCUCGCUGCCUGGCGGCUGGCUGGCGUGUCCGCGGCUGCCCGCACCCUCCAGACGGCAGAUCCAGUGUUUCUCAGCACUUUUAAUUCCUUCGCUGUCUCGGCGAGAAAAUCCCACGGCUUAGCUCGCAGAUUAUUUCAGCACAGAGAGGGCAGACCAGACACAGCAGAGGACUGAGAAAGUGUGUGGUUGGCCUCUGUGUGUGCAGGAACGGACCUGUCGAAGGAAAACUCGGUUCCUUCAGCGAUUUCGGCUGGAGGGCUCUGGCCGUCUGUGGAGCAUUGCAGAGGUCACGAGGACCGCUGAAUGGCCUCACUCAGGUACAGAGGAGCCACGAACCAUCACAGUGAACAUCAAUUGAAUCGUCUGCGGGCUUGGUUUCAGGCGAUCUCGUGGCCCCCAUUUGGUGCGAGCCGGAGACCCCCACAUUGGUUCGGUUCUCGGCAUUCUACCGGAAGAAUGUCUGCCCGACGCGCACCCAUGGCACAUCCUCCCCCUCCCCCACCGCCCGCACGGCAUCAUCCACCCCCUCUCCACCCGUCGGCACCGUGGCGCCCCCCUCUUUCGUCUAUGCGGCCCUCCAUCCCCCUCAGCAACACUGGGGAGGGCUCAGCGGGCGGCCGGGGCACUCAAGGAGCAGUGGGAGCUAUGAACGACCUUAACCGCUCCCAUGGCGUGGCUGAGGCGCUUCGGUCCUUCCCCAGAUAUCAGCCGGGGCUCACCGCCAGCAUGACGGCCAGCCGAGCCGACUAUCGAGGGUCAUCCCAGGCUCUACCGCCUCGCCAUGCGGUGAGACAUACGACGGACGGCACACAGGCGGCAAUCAGCUCUCUCAUAAGUGUGUCAUCCGUCCGUGUUGUGUGUCUUCUCUGCACCACCAGGAUGAGUUCGCUGCAGCUGGGCCGAGAUUCGUGACGCGCCAGAGUCGCGAGGCGUCGUCACGUCAGAGCAGCUCCGGUGAGUCCGAGCGGCCAUCGAGUUCCCGAGAGGCGCGGCAGCAGACGUCUGACGGUGUGGGGUCUAAGGUGCGUGAGGGGCAUCAGAAGGACAAGUUCAUGGAGUCGCGAUUCUUCAAGAGUAAGCCGCGGCACACAUGACAGAGGAGGGAGGGGAGGAUGUGUGUGCCUUUGGUUGGUUGAUUGGUGCAGUUGGGGGACAUCCGCCGGCUGAGUAUGGGCUGUGCAAUCUGGGAAACACGUGCUAUCAGUAAGCAAACCACAGCCCCUGCGUCAUCCACAAGGCGAACACCAACACACACAAAUGGCUGUGCUGUUCCAUCCUCCCUCCUUGUUUUGUUGUUGUGUGCAGGAAUGCGGGUAUGCAGCCGUUGCUUCGGACUCCAUGGUUCUGGGACUGGUCAGCUGGCCAAACGGCCCCCCACCCACACAACGGACCAACCAAACAGCACAUCUCUCUCUCUCUCUCUCUGUGUGUGUGUGUCUGUUCGGUGUGCUGUGCAGGUUCGCGGUGGCGUUUGAUCAGACGUUCAUAUGUCCUCGCAGCCCAUACAGAGGACACGUAGCUUCGGUGAUUCAGUGAGUGAGUACCUCCACCACGCACAGACACACCAAACCACAGACACUUCUGAUGUGGUGUGUGUGUGUGUGUGUGCCAAUCAAUGACUGCAGGUGUUUGCCGACCUCAUGAGAGAGUUUGCGUCGAACGGCCCGUCGCUGCACCAGCAGGGCGUCGUCGACCCGACCAACUUCCGCCGCGUCUUUGCAAGGAACAAGAAGGAGUUCAGAGGUACACAACACGCCUCACCCAAUGCGCACCGGUGGUUGGCAUCAUCACACCAAACAAGACUUGUGUGUGCUGUGUGGGUGUCAUUCUGUGGGCAGGUCGCCGUCAGCAUGAUUCGGCAGAGUUUCUCGUCAAGCUGCUCGAGUGUCUUCACGAAGUAAGGCACCACCAGAUCGCCCCUAACACACGCAUCCACCACUGACCUGUGUGUGGGUGUUGGGUGCAUGGCACGUGUGCAGGACACCAACAGGAUCCAGGAGAAGCCGACCUUCCACCACAUGGACGACCUACCGGGGGAGACGGCCACACAGGCCAGGUGGGUGCGUGGGUCUGUGCGGGGCUGAGCCACACACGUGAAUUGAUGGACACUUAUCCUUCUCCUUCCCUCUCUCUCUCUCUCUCUGUGUGUGUGUGUCAUCAGCGACCGUUGGUUGGCGGACGAGCAGCGGCGGAGCAGCUCCAUCGUCUCGGACGUGUUUGCUGGACAGCUCAUGACAGAGAUCACAUGCCCAAAAUGCGGCCACAGUGAGCACACAGCACACACCCACCACACCACACCACACCCACCACACCCAUCAAAGACGUCCCUCAAUGCACUGUUGUGUGUCAUGAUGUGUCUGUCUGUGUGCAGUUCCGCAACUUCGAGAGCAAUAGAACUCUACCCCUGACCAUCCCUGACGAGACAGCAGAGGUCGACCUCGACGAGUGCCUCAAGACGUUCUGCAAGAUCGAGGUGAGUCCGGUCCGCCCCAUGCAACACACCGACUGCCACACACGCCCCCUCUCUCACUCUCUCUGUGUGUGGCAUGCCAUUGAUCCAUUGAUCAGGUCUUGAAGGGCGAAGACGUGUGGUUCUGUCCCAAGUGCUAGGAAUACGUCGAGGCCAGGUGGGCGGGGUGGGGGAUGUCUCUGUGCUUGUGUCAUGUUGAUCUGUCUGUCCGUCUGUGUGGGUGUGCCAGCAAGGAGGUGACCAUCAUCAGGCCCCCGCCGGUGCUGGUCGUUGUGCUCGGCCGGUUCCGCAAGGACAAGUUCGGCGGGACGGAGGGCAUCUUCAACGCCAAACGCAUCAACACCCCCGUCAGCUUCAAGACCAGCAACCUGUGUCUCGCUGACGUCGAUGGCCUCUGCCAGCACUCUGGUGAGAGGGAGAUGUGGGAGAGAGGCGGGGAGGGUGCGCUCAUGCCUCUAUGUGUCUCUCUCUCUCUGUGUGAGUGUUUGUUGCGUGUUCAGAGGAUCCCUCCAUCGGCCGCCAGUACGACCUGUACGGCGUCACCCACCACGACGGCAUCCUGCAGGGCGGCCACUACUACUCGUGAGCACACGACAGACACACAGACAGACACACAAACAAACAGACAGACAGACAGACAGGGCGUGACUGGAGAAUGGAUAUGUGGGUCUGUGUGUUGUGUGUGCAGCUAUGUCAAGCUGGUGGUCAAUGGGGUGGUGACGUGGGUGCGGUUCGACGACAAGGCGACUGAGUACUUCAUGCCUGAGGAGCAGAUCCAGGGUACGUAUCUGGAGCGGGGAGCAGGGGAGGGGACGUCGCACAACAAGAGAGACUGGCCCAUGUGUGUGUGUGUGUGUGUGUCAGGUCCGGGGGCCUACAUCCUUUGGUAUGCGGCCCGGGACAUGUCCAAGACGUUCCAGGAGAAGCGCUCCGUCCCCAUCGCCAAGCGUACGUACGACGAUAGACGAGCACACACCCGUAGCACACAGCACACACACACUAUUCGGCUCUGUUGUGCAGUGCCCGACCCAUCGGCCGAGGACGAGGAGGCGGACGACGUCGACAGCGAUGAGGAGGACUCACCUGCGGCCGUCGACUUGGAGAACUUCCCACCACUGGCACCGACCAGCCGGCCUCCCAAGCGCAGCACUGGUCCCCAGCUCCCGCCCCGCCCGUCCCCACCACACACACACCGUCCGCCGCCAGCGCCGCCAGCGAAGCCACAGACCCCCCCGACCACCAACCGGAGGAAGCCCGCCCCUCCCGCAUCCGCCAAGCGUCCCGACGUGCCACCGACUCAGAAGAAGGAGCGUGAAGGUACGCGCCGAUGAUGUCGACCAUCCACCCACACAGAGACACGCUCACACGCAUUCAUUCAUGUGUGUCUGCUUGGUGUGUGCUGUGUGCUGUGUGCAGUGCCGCUGCCCCGUUCCAUCGACAACCCGGUGGCGCCGUCGAGCCCCUCGAGUGUGGUCGACAAGGACACCGAGGACAUCACCUCCCCGCUGGACGACAGCACCGACAUCGCCGCACCGGCGGCUGCUGGCGCUUCCUCCCACCUCCCUGCGCCCACCGUCCGGCCCUCGAAGCCGUCCACUGUGCCCCCGCCCGCCCCCGCUGCUCCCACCCCUCCGGCCGCUGCCCUCUCGCCACCGCCAGUGCACGGCAAGGCCCCCAGUGCCAUCACCACCACCACCGAGAAAGAGGAGACGGCAGAGAGGGCGCCAGGGAAGAAGAAGGGCAAGAACAGAGGGAAGGACACGGACACGGCCGCCCAGCUCCGACGGAUUCGGGCGGUCAGCACACUCGCACCACACGAAGCACAAGCGGUCAGAACGCUGCGUGGAUAAUGAGUGUGUGUUGGUCCGACAGGCCCUAGCGAUGAUGGAGAAGGGCGCUGAGGACAAGAACAAGACUCGCGCCCCGGCCAAGAAGGUCAGCAGACAGCCCCGCAGCCCCUCCAACGCCCCCUCCCAUUUGUGUGUGUGUGGUGGCUACCAGGCCGCGGGGGGCCACCGCAUGCUCACCAAGAAGGAGCAGGAGGAGCGGAGCCGCAUUCAGGAGAAACAGCGGUACCUGUUCACACACAAUGUGGGGGCCAAAUGCGCACACACAUAUACACCAUGUCUGUCUGUCUGUCUGUGUGCGUGGUCUAUACGAACGUGUCUGCAGUGAGGAGCAGGAGAGGAAGAAGAGGGAGGAGGAGCAGGACCAGAAGCGCCGAGAGGAGGAGGAGGAACAGAAGCGCCGUGAGGAGGAGGAGAGGAAGGAGGAGGAGCGGAAGCGACUCGAGGAGCAGGUACGCACCCUCCCCCACCCACCCAACCAACUCGACAUACCUACGACAUGUGUUGUGUGUGCGCGUGUGUGGUGUGGACCAGGAGACGACACGUGCUUCAGUCGAGCGGAUGUCCAAGCUGGCGGGCCUCGUCAGCCGGUGCCUCGCCGACGAGCUCACUGCCGCCAAGCUCGUCAGCGAGACGCACCAGCUCCUACAAGAGGUAGACCAACACACACACACGCACUACUCGUUCAGUUCACCUGAGCAACCAACUCGUCUGUCUGUCUGUCUGUGUGUGUUCCGUGUGUCAGUCUGAUUGGCACCAGGUGUUGCCGUCGGCCACCAUCGCCGAGGAGCUGCUCAAAGCCAUCGAUGGUGCGCAUCUCUGACUGACACCGACAUACGGCGAUUGGUUGAUGUGAUGUGUGGUGGGGUGCACUGCAGCUGGUGUGGCUGAUGAGAGUUUGGAGAGCCUCGAGGCGGUCAGUGCCCUCGUCGCCAAAAUCAAGCCCACACUCGAGAACAUCUUCCAGGUCAAUCAGUCAGUCAGUCAGGGAGGGAGGGAGGGACAGACACAGAUGGCAUGGAUGUGCACGCGCAACCUUGUGUUCAUUCAGACGUCUUGCAUCCACCGGCACAAGCUACGGUUCCUGUUUGCCAUUCAGAAGGGCACACUCGGUAACAAACUGACGUGACCAGGAGCCAUGCAGUGCACGUCCGUCCAUCUCUCCGCUAUGUGUGUGUGUCUCUGUCCAUUGUGUGUGUCCAUUGUGUGUGACAUAAUAGAGUUGCGUCACGUCCGCAUAUCGCCCUUGUGGGCUUUGGUCGAGGCCGUCUUCGACGCCCUCUACACGCAGGACAUCAUCGAGGAACAGUACUUCACCUGG